AUGAACUACUAUACAAAUGUGAAGUAUAAUUGUGAUUCACGACAUUUUCAUAUUUUUUUCCAGAUGGUAAAUAGAGAUUGUUUUAUUUAUAAUACGAACUUUGGGUUUGAUAUAAAUCUAGAGUGCUAUUAUUUGUUUAUUUCUCAUUGUCACACCGAUCACAUUCCUUGGAACAAAAUUCGUACCGAAAUAACAAAGAAGUAUCUGGAAAUUAAAUAUAAAUUUAAGGCUGAUAGGCCUGCUGUCUUUACCUUUAAUGGCCAGAACUAUUACAUUUGUAAGUUCAUCACAGUCAACGAAGAAAACACAUAUUACUUUUUCGAAGACGACGAUGUUAAAAGAGUUUUUCAGAAAGAAAGAAAUGAAUAUAUUUCGGAUUCAUGUUGCAUAAUAUCAUCAUUAAUCCAUUAUGAAGGCGAUCCUUACAGGAAUAUGAAGUUGGCACUCAGAAUGAAGCUUAUUGAUGCAAAUCAUGUUCCUGGUUCCUGCAUGUUUGUCUUUUGGAUAUAUAGAAUUAUCAACAAUAAUACUAUAUAUGGCAAACCACAAUUGUAUAUAUAUACAGGUGACUAUUUUUUAAAUGAUUCUAUUUAUAAACAGUUGAUGAAAUACAGAUAUGAAGAAAAGUGUUAUUCAACGACUAUUGUGAACGACAAUACUCGAGAAAGUGAUAUCGAUUAUGCUUUACCAACAGCUGAUGAAGCCUUCAGGAAAAUGAAAGACUUCAUUGAAAAUAAUAAAAAUCAACAUAAUGGUACUAUCACAGUAACGAUAGGUGCUGAUUGGGGAAUGGAGAAUGUGUGGGCGAUGUUAGCGAAAGAGUAUGAGACAUAUAUUUAUGUAAAUGAAUUAUUAUACAACCUAAUCCAAGCUUGUUGGGGAGAGGAUAUCGGACAGUAUUUUAUGAUUCAAAAAAAGUGUGGUGAUGAUAGAAGAGAGUAUUCCGGAAAUAAGAUAAGGUUUGAACUUAUACCAAAGAAAACGUUUAAUAGAGAAGUCACACAAUGGAAGGAUCUAAUGAGCCACAUGAUCCAGAGAACCUAG